AUGGGAACUCCAGAUAUGCUAUCCAAACCAUCGAAUGAACCUCAACAAGAACAACGUAUUCUAAUUCGCGAAAGGUUGCGAUCGAUGGAACGCAGCUUAAACGAAAUCAAGGUCACACUAGGGACCCUCAAGGCUGCAUGCACCUCUCUGGAAGCACAGACAGAGAAAUUCAGCAAAGAAAUGGUAGCGAUGAAGCGCAUCAUGCUUCUUGAAACACCCCCCGCAGAAGAAUCUCCACCUCGGACACAGGAGAACCACGGCAUACAACACCUUUUGCAGAAUCGUGGGCCACAGCCAGUUACUGAGCUUGCCAGACGUCCUGGUAUUCUUCAUCGAAUAAAUGAUUCAAUAGGCAGGAUAGUACAUCCGGAUCAUAUUUCAACUGCAAUAUUUACUCCUCCCGAGACAGAACUUUUAGGAAAGAGACGUCUGCAAGAAGAUACCGACGACGGAAUAGAUGAAUCGGCAUCCUUGGACAAUCAACCAACUCAAAGAGCAAACAAACGGGUCCGAUUCGCAGACCCUAAUGAUCUUCCCAUAUCCCAUGUACGCACACCUAUGCAUCAACUGGACACAGCAUCGGGAUUCAGUGACCUCUCUCUUCCAAAGCCCAGACGCAUCUUGCUCAAAUUAGGAAGGGAUACAGAACAGGUGCUUUCGGAGUCAAGGGGAGAUUCCCCCGUUGAACCUUUGGCAUCUCCGAUAUCACCUCCUAACUCCCCAAUUAUUUUACCUCUGGGGAAGACAAGGAAUACUCGACGAAGGUUUCGGGAUAACAUGACGUAUCUUCAAAGCACUCAGCACUCAAGGCCCAAGACCAAAUGGGACCCGGCAGCUGGUAAAAGGGUUCCAAUCGUGACAGUUCCCAGUCCAUCUAUGAGCGGCGAGGAAAGUGAUAGAAGUGAAAUGGGGGCUGGUAUGAAAGCAGAGCAAGAGGACUAUGAAGGAAAACUUAGUCAUGAUCUAUCCAACACGUCUUUGGGCUGA